UCCGCCGCUGGUCGCUGUCCGGGAGCGGGCACCGGAGCCGCCCCGCCAAGCCAUGGCCGCACCUCGGCAGGCACCGGUGACAUUUGAGGACGUGGCAGUGCGGUUUUCGGCAGAGGAGUGGGAGCUGAUGGAGGAAUGGCAGCGGGACCUGCACCGCGAGGUGACGGAGGGGACAUCCUGGCUGCUGGCAUCCCUCGGGCCCCCCAGCAGCCCGGCCCUCGCUGCCCUGGUGCGGCUGGUGAAGCAGAUCCCAGAGUUUCUCUUCAGUGGCCCCAAGGCUGAUGCGGAUCCGGGUGCCACCGCCAGCGGGGAUACGGCAGUGGGCCCCGAGCGGACAGGCGCCAGCGUUACAGUGGAGAUGCCGGCUGAGAGCUGCCCGCUCCAAAGCCUGGAGAGGUGCCUGGAGGAGCUGGCGGGGAGAGGGUCUGGUCCCCCUGUUCCCCUGGUGAGCAGCCUCUGUGCCCCCACUGAGAGGCAUCAGGAAGAGCCUGGUGGUCACCAGUACUCUGCCUGGGAGGCGCUCACUCAGAGGUGUGGCAUGGCAUGGCACUGUGCCCAUGCUUUGGCAUGGCAUGGUGUUGUACCAUGCAGCAUGGCAUGGCGCUGA